CGGUUCAGGGGCCGCGGCGACAGUAUUCAUCAGUCAGCAUGGGACUUCAAAGGGUGAAUCAGUUCUUGGCAUGGGCAUCUCUCUCCCUCCUCGUCUCUGCUCAAUGCCCCUUGUAUCAGAACUAUGCAAAUAAGCGGCAUGAGCCUCUAUCCUCGGGCCGUUACAACCUUUCCUAUGCCAGACCAGUACCGGAUUGCAGGACAUUCCACUCCCCGGAGCUGGAGGACACCUUGAAAAGAUUGAAAGACGUGAUUACGGAUCCGGAUUUAUAUCGACUUUUCGAAAAUACAUGGCCAAGCACUCUGGAUACUACGAUUGCAUGGAGAGGAUAUGCUGCUCCACCCAGUUUACCAGAGGAGGUUGAAGGAGCAGAAGGAGGGGAAGGGGUGACGAAACGAGAUGCGGAAGAGAAGGAAGAACUCAGCUUCAUCAUCACUGGCGACAUCGAAGCAAUGUGGUUGCGAGAUUCCGCGAACCAGCUCCAGGCGUACACCUCCAUCUUGAAACCCAGCACGGACUUCUCAUCGCUGGCCUCUGUAUUCCGAGGCGCCAUCAACCUGCAAGCAAGAUAUAUCCUGGAAGCGCCGUUUUGUAACGCCUUUCAGGCACCCGUGGAGAGCAAUAUCACGCGUAAGAGCUCCGAGAAUUCGGAUCGUAUCAGUCCCUCGUUCGAUUUCAUGAAGGUGUUUUCAUGCCAGUGGGAACUUGAUUCCGUCGCUUCUUUCCUGCAGCUCAGCGACGAUUAUGUCACUGCUACUGGGGACUAUGAGUUCUUCUCAAAGUGGAAGUGGAAAGAGGCGGUCAAGAAAGUGCUUGAAACCGCAGAGAGCAUGAUGAUAGACAGCUACAACGAAGCAGGCGAAUGGCAGCAUACACCGUAUACCUACUGCGCUCCCUACGGCGGAACACCAAUCAACGAUUGUAACGGCAGCCCGCACAGAAACAUUGGCCUGAUCCGUUCGUUCCACAGGCCUAGCGACGAUGCCUGUACAUACCAGUUUCUCAUCCCAUCAAACAUGAUGUUCAGCCACGCUCUCAACACGACGGCAAAGAUCAUGUCUCGCAUCGAGGGCCCCGACAACGCUAACCUCACCAACUGGAUGCGCACCCUGUCCACGGGAAUCCGAACCGCAAUCCAUCGCCACGCCCGCGUCGCAGACCGCACCUACGGCACCAUCUUCGCCUACGAGAUCGACGGCUACGGUUCCGCGAACAUCAUGGACGACCCAAACAUCCCUUCGCUUCUCUCCGCGCCUUUUAUAGGCUACCUGGACUCCGAUGAUCCCGUCUACCAGAACACGCGCAGGAAGAUCUUGUCGAAGGAUAACCCGUACUUUUCCUGGGGCCCUGUGAUUACUGGCGUUGGUUCGCCGCAUACGCUGCCGGGACGUGCUUGGCCGAUGGCGAGUAUCAUGCGGAUUUUGACGAGCGAUGAUGACGAGGAGAUUACGGAGACGUUGAGGCAGUUGGUAGGGAGUACGGAUGGGUUGGGGUUGAUGCAUGAGAGUGUGAGCAGUCAUAGCGAGAGUCAGUGGAGUAGGCAGUGGUGAGUCGUGUCCCUUUUGCGUUAUCUGUCAAGAUUGCUUGCUUGACGGGCUUCGUAAGUGGGCGGUUGAAACAGCAUGCUGACAUACUGAUAGGUUCUCUUGGGCAAACGGC